AACAAAUAACCGUUUUGGCCUCUGACUACAUGCUCUCUUUGUCAUUCCAAAUGAAGAGAGAAGAAGUCUGAAACUGUCUUUACAGAGAUACUGGUGACUCUGUUCAGAUUAGUCAGGAUGCAGCUGUCGGCCCGUCUGUCUGGAGUUGUCUGGGUGGCUCUGUUUUUUCCCUGUAGUCUUUGCCAGGAUACUUGCAGGCUGCAGGAUGGAAAACCAGGGGAGCCUGGAGUACCUGGGAGGGAUGGCUGGCAUGGGCAAAAGGGGGAGAAAGGAGAACCAGGUUUGCAGGUGGAGCUAAGUAAGGAGGUGCUGAUUGGUUUUAAAGGAGAUAGGGGUGAUUCUGGUCCUGUAGGACCGCCUGGUCUAGAAGGCUUCUCUGGUGAAAUCGGUCCACCAGGUCCAGCCGGCCCUCCUGGUUCUUCCGGUUCUCCAGGCAGCCUAUCUGGCAGAUCCCUGGAUGCAAGCAAGGCAGCUUUCUCCGUAGUGCGCACCACCAGCGAUCGGCCCAAAUACAACACGCCAAUCACGUUCAAUAAAAUUCUGACUAAUGUAAACCAGGAUUUCGACCCUCAUAAAGGUUAUUUCACGUGCAAAAUUCCCGGCGUGUACUACUUUGUGUUCCAUUCUGUCUCUGACGGCGACCUGUGUCUAAGACUGUGCAGUGACAAGUCUGCUGUGAAACUGCAUUUCUGUGACUUUAACCAGAGCAAAGCGUCUCAGGUUUUGUCUGGUGGUGUCGUUUUUGAGCUCGCUAAAGGAAACAGGGUGUGGAUUGAACCUUUCCAAAAUUCUGUGGGCGGCACUGAGAAGAACCAAAUGGCAGGUGUCAAUGUGUUCAAUGGAUUUCUGCUCUUUGCUAAGUAAUUACCUUAAAAAAAUCCAUUAUUUUAUUGUUGUGUAACAUGAGCGGUUUCUGUAAUACUGAUUUUUAAAGCAUGCAUAAUAAAAGCUUCAUAAUAAACUCUACUCUGUGGAACUGUUA